AUGAAGAAGGGGAGGAGGAAGCAUGUGGGAGUAAGAAGGAUAAAUAAGGACAACUGGACAAGACCUUAAACAACAACACAUAUCAAGCGGAAAUGUAUUAAAGAGAACCUUGUCCUCGGUUCCCCUCCGGUUGUACCAUGUGAUGAACCUUCUGUGAAAAGUCAACUCUGGAGCAGCACGAAACUGAAGAGGCAAGUCACUGGGGAAGUUAGUCAGCUUUAAUGCUAACAAACCAUACGACGAUGUCUAAGAACCUACAGUUGAAGGACGCACUUGCCAGAACGCCAGAGGAAGAAAGCCAGACUGCAUUCAGUAUGUUGGCCAGGACAGUGCUGAGUAGAGGCAUCACUGCCCAUCGCCUGAAUAAAAAUAUGACUUUCUAUGUGAAUGACUUGGUACAUAAAACCUCAGGAGGUCACACCCAAGCCCAUGAGGAAAAUAAACCUCUUAUGCUGAUACUUCCUUGGUUGGGUUCCCGUCCUCAAGGUAUUGCAAAGUACUGCGACAUCUACUUUCGUACUGGCAUGGACGUACUUGUUGUGGAGAGUGAGGUGACUGAGUUCCUGUGGCCUCGCUGGGGUUUGGAUCGUGGGAAGAUGCUGCUGGAGGUGCUACAGAGUGAACGCUUUGUAUCCCGUCCCCUACUUGUCCACGCCUUCUCCAUCGGUGGCUACACAUUUGCCCAAUUAUUGGUGCAUGUGUCCAAGGACUCCCAGAAAUAUGAGAACCUCACAAAGAGAAUCAAAGGCCAAGUCUAUGACAGUGUGGUAGCAGGCACAGUGGAAACGAUGGCUGUAGGUGUAGGUAAGACUGUGUUUCCACAAUGGAGCUCGCUAGUUACACGUUUAUGUGUGGCAUACUUUGGGUUGUUCAAGCGACAGACGGUGGACUAUUUCAACGCAGGCAUCGAUGCGAUUUGGAACAGUCCCGUCACCUCUCCUGCCCUGUUCUUCUAUUGUGAAAAUGAUCCACUGAGUGAAGCGCGAGCUGUGGAAAACUUGAUCGACUAUUGGCGGAAGCGUGGAGUCAAUGUUACUGCAAAAAAGUGGGUAGAUUCAACACAUGCAGGUCACCUCAAAAGGCACCCAGAGGAGUAUCUUACUACCAUUAACACAUUCCUCCAGUCAGUGGAAAUUAUUCCGCUAAAGUCCAAAAUGUAAGGUGGGAUUACUGAUGUCCAGUACGAUAGUUGGUCUUUUGUGCUCAUCUGAAAGUGGGUGGUAGUCAGUUGUGAUAAAGGAGGAAUGGUACAUUCAAAGAAGGACUUAUACAGUCAUACUCUUUUUAACUCAGAAAACAGGGCUCAUUUUAUUGGAGAAAAGUAUAAAUAUAACAUUGUGUUAUAAUAUUUAAAACACAUAUUCUUGAAACUGUAAACAACACACCGCAUUUGCACUACCAUUUUGCCAAGACUUUAGUUGGCAACAAAUGUAGAUAUGUUCCUAAUGUGUACACUGAGUUUUGUUUUCAUUUGCAUUUUCUGGUGGAAAAACUUUAUACAAAUAAAUUCAAAUAAAGUCGGUCGAACUGAAUGAAUAGGGACAGUGAGAAGCAGAUAGCUACAGGCGCAUUUAACUAACUAAAAAGAACAUGUAUCUGACAAUAUUAUCCAAGUCCCUUCAUGAUGUGAGUAUUGUAUUUGUAGAUUUAUAGAACAUUGGGCCAGACUGUAAUGGGGUGUUCAUUUUUAAAUGUAAAUGUCAGACUUGAUUGUGUCUUGUUUUUAAUGCAGUUAAAGUGGUCCAAGUUAAUGAGGGACAUUCGUCCUUGAAGGUAUGAUUAUUCAAGCCAUGUAUUUCAAUUGUCAAGUUCCUUAGUCCUCUAAUACUUACAGAGUGGUGCAUUUAUAUAAGUUUACAACUGCAAACAUUUGCAGAAAAAUGUUAAUCAAAAUUCAUGUACAGCUCAUCCGUCUGUGCAGGAAUUCUCCAUUUUGACAAUAUAUUGUGUAAACCACAUCUAACUCUACAGCUUUUACUCCUAUUGCUUUUGUACACCUAAUGCCUUAAGAAACUGGAUGAUUCUGCUGUAAAAUAUAGAACAUACCUAAGUUGUACUGUUUACUCACUAUGUUGUUUUUAAAGUGGGGCUUAUCAGAAACAUGGGUGUUUGCCAAAUACUUUUGCACAACAGAGGCAUCUGUUUUUAUUGUUUUUGGUUGUUACAAAAGCUGCUGCACUUUACAACCUCAAAUUUAAUCAGUUCUUUGUUUGGAAAUGGAACAAAAAUGUGAGUGGUUCCUCCUUUGUUAUAAAGUUGUCUUUUAACUUGAACAUUUAAUACUCACAUUUUGUUCUUUGUGUUAAUAAAUUAUGUUUGGUUGCAA